UCCGAGUAGCAGCAGCAUCCGUGAUCGAGAGCUAGUAGUACCGCGUGCAGUCUCCGUACGUUUUUCUGCGAGUGUUCCAGCCGAUUCCAGCAAGCAAGAGAGGAUGUUGAAGCGAGCGAUCGUUCUGAGCUGCCUGGUGGCGGUGGUCCUCUCCUCGUCCGACCUGGAGACGGCCGAAACGGGCUGGGGUGGCGGUGGCUGGAGCAGCGGCGGAGGUGGCGGCUACGGCGGCGGUGGACACGGCGGUGGCAAAGUGAUCAUCGUCACGUCUGGAGGCGGAGGUGGACACGGUGGUGGCUACGGAGGCCGCAGUCUGGGCGGUGGCGGUUGGUCCAGUGGAGGAGCCGGCAAGGGUUGGUCCAGCGGUGGAGGCUCGUACGGCGGUGGCUACUCGAAGGGCUGGCCAAGCAGCUUCGGUGGUUCCUCCGGCAAAGGAUGGUCCAGCGGAGGAUCGUCGUUCGGAGGCGGAUAUGGCGGUGGUAGCGGAUGGUCUCUGGGAGGCGGUAGCAGCCUGGGAGGUGGCCAUUCGGGAGGAGGCUGGAGCUCGGGUGGACGUAGCCUCGGUGGGUGGCCCUCGGGUGGCGUCAGCAAGGGAUGGUCCUCGGGAGGACUCAGCCAGGGUUGGUCCUCGGGUGGUGGCAGUUACGGAGGUGGUCAGGGAUGGUCCUCGGGUGGUAGCGGAUUCGGAGGAGGAUACGGUGGAAGCAGUGGAGGCUGGAGCUCGGGACGCAGCCUGGGCGGAUCCGGUGGAUGGUCCUCGGGAGGACUCAGCAAGGGUUGGCCAUCGAGCGGCGGUAGCAAGGGUUGGUCAUCGGGUGGUUACGGAGGUGGAAGCGGUGGAUGGUCCACUGGUGGAAGCGGGGGUUAUGGUGGUGGCUGGAGCGGAUCCAGCGGCUGGUAAACCUUACCCCCAACCUAACAAGCUACAAUCAGAAGCCCUUAAACUGCCCCUCCGCACUGUUACGUCACACAGUUCUUGUUGAUAUCGAAUAAAAAAGCACACAAGCCCUCUUUUUUUUGU